UUGUAUACCUACGGGACUGUACUACAGUUGGCUUACAGUAUUGAAGAACAAAAAUGUACACCAGUUCGUGCUUCGAGAAAACAGCAAAGCGAGACAAAUAAGUGAGGAAGUUUUGAAAAUGAAAAAAUAAAAGUGGUUUGUUUUUACAGUAUCAAAAAAGACAGUUCAAAAGAUGAAGAGGAGAAACAAAUUUCGGAAAAUGAUGAGUUAGUUUUCAUUUUUUUUCGAGAACACAAAAUAAUGCGAAUUUUGUUUCAGAGGCGAUGGAAAGAAAAAGAAAAAACAUAAGAAUACAAUUGAAGCGUGGGUUACUGUAGUUUGAAAUUAGAUAUACUUUUUUGUUGUUUUUUUUUAGGACUAAAUCAAUUACAAAGCAAUCUUCGAGGGAAGAAAAUGAAGAGUAAGUUAUUGUUUCAGAAAUUAUGGCUUAGUCGAUUUUUAUUAUUUAUAGGCCUGUGAUCAACAUCAAAGUUUCGAUUGAUAAUAUUGGGUUGGAAGGAAAACAAUCGAAAAGUCAGGCAAAAACUGAAGAGUAGGUACAAAAAGAAUAAGAAGGUCCUAUAGAAAAUCAAGAUUCCCGAAAGAUAACAUUUAAUUUUGAAAAAUUCUGAAAGACCUUAUUCUUGAGACGAAGACUAACUAUUCCUUCGAAUCUUAUUCCAAAAUUUUCAGAGGAAAAAAUGAAAAGUCGAGAGAAAUGACAACACAAGAUGCAGAAGAAGCUGAAAAACUUGGAAUUGAUAGAGAUGAUCCACCAAAUAUUCAAGCUUCUGGAACGAAUUUCGAAAUGAAAAGUGAGGCAAAAACUUUAGACGAUAGUGAAGUUGAAACAAAAGCUGAUACACCAUCAAAACCUGUUGAAAAAAAGAAAAAGAAGAAGCAAAAAGUUAAAUCAGUGGAAGUGAAAGAUGAAAAUAAUGCGAUUGGACAAAUAUGUAAUGAAGAUAUUUCAUGGGAAGAAAAAAAGAAGAAAAAAGAGCCGAAAAAAGUUGGAGAUGGUCAGAAAAAAGAGGGAACUGCAAGAAGAGGAACGAGAAAAAUAAAAAAGAAGGAAUCAACAGAAGAUGGAGAAAUGGUACCAAAUAAUACAAGAACACCAACUAAAGCCAGGAAAAUUGAUGGAAGUACGAGGACGAAAAAAAUAGAACAAAGUAAUAGAAUGAAAAAGAACAAAGUUGGAUCAACAACACCAUUAACAUCACAAGACAGUAAAGAUAAUCUAGGAAAAGAUAUUUUGGAUAUUGUGAAUAUUGAGAGGAAAAAACGAUACAAAGCAAAAACUGUGAGUUUACCAGAAAAACAAAGAUUUGAACUUUUAUAUACGUUCAAUUCUUCAUUUAUAACUUUUGAUGCUUUUUUAGCCACUAAUUAUCCACUUUUCAGGAAUCAAAAUCGAACCUCGCUGAAAAUGCUAACACAAAAAAAGCGCAGAAGAAAGAAAAACAAGGUACUUCCUUUUUUAUAUCCCAGAAAAAAUAUCCCGAGUUUUCAAUUUAAUUUUUUUUAGAAGGAUUUUUUCGAUCAAUGAUCAAUAAGGCCAAAACAACAAUAGGUUCACGUCUUAAUAAAUCUGAUGACACAUUUGUUCCGUGAGUCUCAACAUUCCCUUUUCCAAAUCGAAAAUCAAAAAAUGUUUCCCUACAGUAAUCCAGAAGUUAACAUGAAAAUAAAUGAUGUUCGACCCGAAUAUGGUUGCCCUGAAGAUUAUGGAAAACCUCCUGAUAAACCAGUCUCCAAUUUUGACAAUGGUGGUAAUCUUUUUGUGAAUGUAAGUUUACGAAAAAUAAUUAAUUAGAAAAAAUCAAAGAAAUUUUAGGGUCGACCAUUUUGGUGUGUUCGCGAUGAAAAACCGCCGUCUACAAAAAUCUGUGUUGUUGUAAAUGCAAUGCGGGAUUUGACUGAAGGAAAAUGGACAAUGGUUCCGGAAACAGCUGAACCUUAUCAUAGGUAAGAAGCAUAUAAAUAAAACUAUUUUUUAAACAAUUCAAGUCGCAAAUUGAUUUUCAGAAAAGAUCUGGAUCCUUUUCAUACUUUGGAAUAUUUACAAGGAAGAGAUACUGAAUAUUUCAAAAAACAUAAAAGAGUAAGUCCCAAAAAUACUAUUUGGUCCACCUAUUUUUCUCCAGGUUUUGAGCAACACAAUUCGUUCAUUGGCUGCAUUACAUGAAGGACGUAAAAACCGGAAAAGGAAUAGAGAUAAUUCGGAUGAAAAUGAUGUUGAAACUAAAGAUGGUGCAAAAACACCAAAAGAGAAGGAGAAAGAAAGUAAAAUGAUUUUUGUGAAACCGAAAACUUUGGUGCAGUAUAACAGGUUGGUUUUUUUUAAAAAUAUGUUUUUUCUUAAAUGGCCCGGCAACACAGAAAUAAUCAUGUUCUAAAAUGAAAGUUUAUCACCUGAAUGUACUAGUUUAGAAUUUGAAAAGUCAUAAAAAUGCUCCAUGAGCCAAAAAAAAAGCUUUCAUUUUAGAACAUGAUUGUUUCUUCGUUUCCGGGCAAUUUUAUAUCUUCAAAAAUGUUUCAAGGAAAAAUCGAUUUGAUCCAACACAUUCAAUCAAUUUUACACCUGGAAUUACGAAAAAAGUUCGAGCAUCGCAAAGAAGAAGAGUAAAUCCAAAUCCAAAUCCGAAUGCUCUAACUCCUGAAAAAGCUCAACAACCACAACCACAAUAA